AUGUUAGAGGACAGAAUCUAUUAUCAUGUGUGUCGACUAGAUGUGGAUCCAGCCACUUAUGGAUGGGAUCACCUCCAGCAAAAAGGGAUUUCAGACCCACUUACAGCUUUAUGGGCAUAUCAUAUGUAUCAUCCGGUAGGUGAGGCAGUAUGCAUAGACGGUUUCAUAUAUUUUGGUGUUUGGACUUCACGACGUUUUCAAACUUCAGCAAUUGGGAGAUUUGACGUGAUUAAUGAGCGUCUAGAUUUUGUUUUGACCCCUAUUGACAUUGAUGAUACUGGUUACAACAUUGCUAGGAAUUUUAUGGAUUACAACGGAAGCUGA